GUCAAAGCUGAUAUAGCUUCUUCUACCAGAUCUACCUUACUGCAGUUCCCGGGGCGCAUGAACUGACCAUAUGCCUAGGCUUCUUAAUAUAACAAAAAUCCCUAACAAGCAAAUUCUCACCUGGCCCGGCCAAUUGAUCCCCGUCCGUCGCACCCGGAAAGAAUCCGCUCCCUAUCGAUCGAUUCGCCAUACUCCACAUCAUCCCUUCCUAGGCGCCUUAUCACAUUGAUGGCUGCCCAGUCGGGACGUAAUGGCCCGGCCAUCAUAUAGGACCUACGGGUCUCCCGCCUACUCUGCCGCACACCACGACCCCGGCGCUUCCAUCUGGGACGAGAUUAUGGCAGCCGGAACGAGUCUCGUGCGACGGCUGCGGGCCUACGGGAAUGGCCGUGGGAGGCAUUCGGCCUGGAAACUCGCCGUCAGGGGAGGCCACCAGCUGCGACGCAACUUGGUGCGCCGCCGUCUCCUCAGCUUCCCGCAUCUACUGGUCGCGCUAUGGGUCUUCGUUCUGCUCUGGGGCGAGAGGUGGACGUUUGCGAGUAAGGUGAACAGCUGCGACUGGGACCAUUGGGAAGAUUGGCCACCCAGUGCAACACCCCAUCGACUGGUUUUCGUCGCCGAUCCUCAGAUCAUCGAUCCUCAUUCAUACCCAGGGCGGCCAUGGCCACUUAACCCUCUUACAAUGCGCAUUACCGACAACUACAUGAGCAGGUCCUACACGCAAGUACAGAAGAUCUUACAUCCGGACACAGUCAUGUUUCUAGGUGAUUUAUUCGAUGGCGGGAGGGAGUGGAAGACGGCACAUGGAGACUUUGCCGACCCGGAAUGGGCCAAGGACCAUCGGCCCGCCGACGAGAAGAAGUACGUGAAGCAGUGGAAUAGAAAGUACGGCGAAAAAUACUGGUUGAAAGAGUACGCAAGGUUCGGCCGGAUAUUUUUCGAUAAGUGGAUAUGGGGAGGGACUACAUCUGGUCCGCACCAGCGAGGCCGUAAACUUAUUGCAAGCUUACCUGGCAACCACGACCUGGGCUUUGGGGCUGAAGUCAAGCUGCCGGUGAGGCAUCGAUUUAAUGCUUAUUUUGGUGAGACAAACAGGGUCGAUGUGAUUGGAAACCACACGUUUGUAUCCGUCGAUACAGUUUCUUUAAGUGCCGAUACUUCCAACAUGAAGAACCAAGUCGACUUGGGCCAAAUCUACGGUCCAGUAAAUGAUUUCCUCGACGAGGUCAAAGCAAGAAAACGCCGUGCUGUGCAGAAGGAACUGCGGUUCUGGCGGGGAGAUGUCGAGGAAGUGGUUCUUGAACACAAGGUCGAAGAACUGGAAGACGCAGAUUACAGCAACUUACCAACCAUGGACCCAGGCGAGGGUGCAUCUGACUUCCCUACGAUUCUGUUAACUCAUGUCCCAUUAUAUCGUGAGCGUGGCACUCCAUGUGGUCCGAUGCGCGAACAUUGGCCGCCCACCAACCCCCCCAAGGGACAAACGGGUCCCGUGAUCCCAGACCAUCGAAACGCCAUCAGCGUAUCGGGCGGGUAUCAAUACCAAAACGUCCUUAGCGACGAAGAUUCAAUCAAGCUGAUCAAGAGCAUCGGCAACGUCAUUCAUGUUUUCUCAGGCGACGACCACGACUACUGCGAAGUUGUUCACUCACCAGAAAAAGAAAACGUGCGCGAAAUUACUGUUAAGAGCUUCAGCAUGGCCAUGGGGGUACCAACUCCUGGCUUCCAGAUGGUCUCGCUGUACAACCCGGUCGAUGACCAAGGGAAGCCCCUCCCCAGCUCCACAGGCCGGACAAUGCAGACGCACCUCUGCCUCCUCCCUAACCAGCUCUCCAUGUUCCUUACCUAUGCUAUCCUUGGAGUCCUAACUAUUCUGGUGCUCGUAGCCAGAGCGUUUCUCGUGCCGCUCCUCAAUCUGCAGCCUUUCGCCCUCGAACCGAUGCAUCACCCCCCUUCGGCUGUGCUCCCCGUGUUUAAGGCUAAGAUGGACGCAGACGACGACUACGACGCCCUCCACAACGAUUCGACGUCGUCCUCAGGCACGGCGUCGAAUAAUCUACCGCUAGCCCGCUUCUCGUCAACGCGGACGCGGGACCAGUGGCAAGGGCAGCAGGCGAGAAACGGAACGCCACCGACGACGAAGAACGGCGGUGGCGGCAACAAAAAGACAGGAGCAACAGGUGGGAAAUGGGGCUGGGCCCAGAAUAAAGGCCCUAAGAUCCAGAUCCGUAGAGAUAACACGUACUUUGAUGGUGACGAUGACAAGAUGGCGUGGAGACCGGCUUCUUCUUAUUCGGGGUUAUCCGGGAGGAGAAGACGGAAUACUACCGCUGCGUUCAGGGUCGUCCUGGCCGAGAUGUGGACUACGUGUUGGCGGACGGCGUGGAUGGUACUUUUGUUUUAUGCAUGGCUUACUUGGCGUGGAUAAAAACAAAAUGGAAAUAUAUCUCACUUUUCUACUUCUGAUAUCUGUUUGCCUUUGUUUCUGGCCCCCUCUCCCCCUCCCUUUCUUUUCUAUCUUUUUUUUUUUCCCGAGUCUUAAUGUAUAAGAAACGCUGGGAUGGAUAUACUAUGUAAUACGGAUACGAAACAAAAAAAGGGUGUUUGGUCUACUUGCCUACCUAUCUACUUGUAUAGCUAAGGGGAAGAAUUUAAUAGCGGAAUAAAGAGACGGGGGAAACAGGAAAACUUGUAUCAUUAUAUCAUCGAAUUAUUGCUGAAGUCAGUCAGUCAGUUAGUUAGUUAUUGCUCGUUCUAUUUGGCGAGGCAUGGCAUAACGUAACGUAACAUAGGAGAGAGAAAGGGGAGAGAGGAGAGGAGGACGCGCGCAGGGCACUUACUUGGCUUGAUUUUCAUUCAUGUGCAUAGAUACGCAGAUAGAUGUGCAUGGGAAAUGGAGUAAAGUUCUUAUCAUUACUAUUUCGUUUAUUUUGUUCUUUAUGCUUGCUGUUGUGUUGUGUUGGUAUUGGUGUUUUGUUUUUGAAUUUGAUAUCUUGAUAGUAGGGAUUGAGUCAUUGAUACUGAAUUCAUCUAGAGAAGACAUUCCGUC